AUGAGAAAUGAGUACACGGUUUGUCAGAUAAACGUUGAGCUUCACGGUCCACUCAAGAACUAUGGUGUUGAUGGCAAAUAUUUCGAUAAAAUUAUGCUCGCCUCCCUGAACUCCUCAUUUCUUCCCCUCGACAUCGAAAUGCCCUACAUCCACCACCAAAUCUUCUACCUCAACUGGAGAAAUCGAGAUUGUGUGCAAAACAUCAUCCUUUCUGCAAAUGAGAUGCGAAUCUCGUUCACAGCUCAGAUCAUUCCAUCGAGACGCCGACGAUUUCGAGAACUA